AUGGAUUACAUGGAAGAGAAGAACAUCAUAGUUUCUGAUGAGACUCCUAUAGUUACAACAAAGGAUCAUGCCCCGCCAGGGAGCCAGGUGGCAACAGGUGGUAGUGAUCCUUCCCUAGAGCCAAACAACCCAGGUGGUGGUGUAGUGGGCGGCUCCGGAGGGUCAGGCUCAGAAGGUGUUGUUGAAAGCACCGUGAAAAGAAAGAGAGGAAGGCCUAGGAAGUAUGAUGUGGAUGCAAACCUAGUAUCAUCACCGCCUCCGCCACAGGGCCUCUCUUCUUCUCUCUCGAGUUACGAGAAGCGGGGUAGAGGGAGGCCCCGUGGUUCUGGUAAACUGCAACUCUUGGCUUCCCUUGAUGUUCUAAUUCUGUUUUAUGACCUGCAGGAUAUUGUUAGUAAGAUAGUAGAAUUAUCUCAAAAGGGUGCUCGAGCAGUUUGCAUUCUUUCUGCUACUGGUGUUGUCUCAAGUGUUAUCAUGCGUCAGCCUGGUCCUUCUGGUGGAAUUUUGAGAUAUGAUGGCCGCUUUGAAAUUCUAUCUUUAUCUGGAUCAUUCACUUUCGGCGAAACAGGAGGUUCAAAUCGCAAAAAUGGCAUGCUAAGUGUUUCACUGGCUAAACCUGAUGGAAGAGUUUUUGGUGGUGGUGUUGCAGGUUCUUUAAUAGCAGCUGGCCCUAUUCAACUUGUUAUUGCCAGUUUCAAGCAAAAUAUCGGCAGGGGGAUUAAAAGGAGGCAAUCUGCUGACCCUCCUGCUGCUCCCGGUCUGCCUGCCAAUUCUGAUGUAGGAAGGGUUCCUGUAAAAAUCGCUGGAACCACAGAUGGGGAAGAUAAUUGCACUACACCAACAUCUGCACUUUCAGAACCAAGAAAUGAAGAAGCAGGUAACACAGUCAUUUCAAACCAACAAGCAAAUACUGAUUCCCAAAACAGUAGUGGUCAAAAUGUCCUGCAGUCCCAAAAGCAAAUACUGUUGGUGUCCCCCGGUUAUGAAAAUCUCUAGAUUUGCAUCCGUGACAGCAUUUCUUCAUAAAUAACAUUAAAACGUGGUGUUAGUUUGAUAUUUCUUCCUUUAUUCUGCUAGCUCAAAGGCGUCAAAAUCUUGUACCUUUUUAUAUCAGCUUAAGACAGAAACUACUCUUGCUGUCAA